AUGAAACCCAUGCCCUUCCUGAAAAGCGCCGACUUAACACAUCAAGAAGGCGUACGCAGAGUCGAGACAUGGAGAAGUCGUGGUCGAGUAUCACCGUACUUCCGCAACAAUUUUAUACAGAUACGGGCAAGACAGCACACACGAGCAGAAGAUGUUCGCGGACUAGACCGCGAUAGAAUGGUCUUCUGGUGCAUCGCUUAUCCGUACCAAUGGUGGCGCCCUAGAAACCAAAUGUCUGGAGAUGUGUUUAGUGCACUGUUAUGCAAAGCGAGGGCUUACGAACAUGUGGCUUGGCCUGCGUACGUCGCAGGAAGUAUAAUGGAUCUUCUCACGGAGUUCAAGGAUGCGACAGAUGUGUUUGAAUUUCAAGACCUCAGACAUCAGCAGCAGAGGUUGGACGAGAACUCCAACCGGCGGUCCUGCACGGACACAGUGGACACGAGUUCGGACGCACACCCUCUAGUUGAUCAUCGUCCGCAGCAGGUAUACGAAGUCAGCCCAUGGCAGUUUGCGAAGUUUCUUCAGUGGACAAAUGAAAACGAACCACUCCACAUUGUCGUCGAGUACGGAGAGCCCACAGCACCGCCAUAUAUUGUACUAAGAGGAGGACGGAUCAGCCUAUCGUACUCCUUAAGUGCGGUGCUUCUAGAAUACGUGAUUCUGGCAAUCGCGACUGCACAUGGUCUGAUUUCACAAUUCGAUGCAAAACGCCAGACAUGCUCCUUGCAAACCGGUCACAUGGCUGGGUCCGGUAUUGCUGCGGCUAUGGGCAUCGUCAUCCUCGCUGUCGGGGUGAUCGUUGCUACUGACUUCGCUGGCUUCCUCGCUGCUGCUGUCGUCGACCUGCUGGCUUGCAAAAACAACCAUGUGGUCGAACCUCCACUUAUGGGGCUGCUGCGUGCACACGGAAAAUCUCACCAUGUACCGCCACGGGCUACACUGCUUCUGUACGCUGUCGUGAUCACGGUACGUCUCUAA